CGCCAGUCAUUGAACACACGUGCUUCUCCUUGGGUUUGUGGCGGCCGGCUGUGCGGGGUCAGCGGAUUUUGAAACGGCGAAAUGUCCUGGUUAUUCGGCAUCAGAAAGGAUCAGUCCGGUGGCGGCGAAAUGCCGGACCUGUCGACCCUCGGCGUGCCCGUCCAAGGAGGCGGUUCGCCCCCAGGAGGCGGCGGAGACGAGAAAAAGUCGAGGACAGAGGGCUUCCACUUCGACUCGUCCGCCCUCGAAAGAGCCGCCAAGGCAGCGAGGGACUUAGAAGCGUCAAAACAUGCCAAGGAUGCUCUCGAGCUGUCGAAGAUGCAGGAGAAGACGCUACAGCUGGAACAACAGGCAAAAAUCAAGGAGUUUGAGGCGCACAUCGAGCACUCGAAGCUCGACGCCUAUCGCGUGCAGCAAGAGGAACGGCGGAAGACGUUGUCGGAGGAGACGAAACAACACCAGCAGAGAGCAUUGUACCAGGACCAACUUGCCAGAAAGCGCUAUGAUGACCAACUUUUGCAACAGCAACGGGCCAACGAGGAUAACCUCAGGCGGCAAGAAGAAUCAGUUGCUAAACAAGAGGCUCUAAGAAGGUCCACGAUAGAGCAUGAAAUGGAGCUCCGGCACAAGAACGACAUGAAGAAGCUGGAGGCAGAGCUGCACGCCAAGGCCAAAGUGGACAGGGAGAACCAAGAUCUGUACAUCGAGCAGAUCAAGGUCAAGGCCGCCGAAAAUAGGGCCACCGUCCUUGAGUCCAUCAAGACUGCGGGAGCCGUGUUGGGCGAGGGCUUCAGGGCUUUCAUCUCCGACUGGGACAAGGUUUCGGCCACGGCAGCCGGUGUGACCCUCCUUGCCCUGGGAGUGUACUCUGCCAAGCUGGGCACAGGCGUGGCGGCGAGGUACAUUGAAAUGCGGCUGGGCAAGCCCUCACUGGUUAGGGAGACCUCCCGGCUCACCGUCUUGGAGGCCCUGAAACACCCCAUCAAGACCACCCGCCAGCUCACCAGCAAGCCCACUGACGCACUCAAGGGUGUCGUCCUGGACCCCAAGCUGGAGGAGCGACUGAGGGACAUUGCCAUCGCCACCAGGAACACCAAGAAGAACAAGGGGAUGUACCGAAAUAUCCUGAUGUACGGACCCCCGGGAACGGGAAAGACCCUGUUUGCCAAGCGAUUGGCUCAGCAUUCCGGCAUGGAGUAUGCACUCAUGAGUGGAGGUGAUGUCGCGCCCAUGGGACGCGAGGGGGUCUCUGCUGUCCACAAGGUCUUUGACUGGUCCCACACCAGCAGACGUGGUGUACUCCUCUUUGUUGAUGAAGCAGAUGCCUUCCUGAGGAAGCGGAGCUCGGAAAUGAUCAGCGAGGACCUUCGAGCAACGCUAAACGCCUUCUUGUACAGAACUGGAGAACAGUCCAACAAGUUCAUGCUGGUGCUGGCCAGUAAUACCCCGGAGCAGUUUGAUUGGGCGGUGAGCGACCGCGUGGACGAGAUGGUAGAGUUCCAACUGCCCGGGCUGGAGGAGCGGGAGCGCAUGGUGCGACUGUACUUCGAGAAGUUUGUGCUCCAGCCGGCUGCGGAGGGCAAGAGGAGGCUGAAAGUGGCACAGUUCGACUACGGGAAGCUUUGCUCCGAGAUUGCCAAAGUCACCGACGGGCUGUCCGGCAGGGAGAUUGCAAAGCUGGGUGUCACCUGGCAGGCGGCCGCGUAUGCCUCGGACGACGGAGUCCUCACGGAAGCCAUGAUCAUGGAGCGCGUGCGGGACGCGGUCAAGCAGAACAGGCAGAAGAUGGAGUGGCAGACGGAGGAGGAGCACCGCAAGCGCACCCCCGGCGGGUUCAGCAUCUCUCGGCAGGGCUGGUCAUCCCCCAAGCCACCCCAGCUGACUGAAACCCCGGCAGUCUCCUAGUAGUUCCAUUUUGUGUACAUAGGGCAUCAUUAAGCGCCUGCAAUGUGCGGGGAUCAUUCACUCUUGUUGGGAGAGCGAGGGAACAUGCGCCAGGGAUAGCACGAGGCACUCUUUAUAAAGACUGUUUCAAACACUCGUUUACGACCGAGUGCCGAGUGAGACCCUCGCAAUGUCUCACGACGAGAGAACACGCUAGCGCCACCUGUAAGGUGGCCCUGGAACUAGGUAUGUUUCGUAAGAGCAAAGGUGUUACAGUGUUUGCCUGAUCAAAUGUACUAAAUGUAUGAGAAAUGGUCCUUUAUAACAUUGUCUACAGUUGAAAGCAUGAAAGUGGUGAGAGAAUGAUGUGCGUAAAAAAUAGGAGAUAUACAGAAAUUGCGAGUGUUUCGUGCCUGCCCGAUAGGUGGUGCCAGCGUGCUCUCGUCGCAAGAGAUCGUUACGCAACCGGUCAUAAGCAGUCGCAAGUUCGUGAACUAGACUUAACAUUUCUCUACGUAGAAAAGUAGUGACAGCUCCUCCCUGCUUUUUACACUUCCCUCCUUUUCCACUUCCUUUUUCUAGGCGCACGUCACCCAAACUUUGUUUCACCUUACGGUGGACCGCAGUAGAAGCUUCGAGACUUCCCAGCCAAUCCGGCGCUACAAUCAUGUCGCGCAACUAUACGCUCCGCUCAUCGCUGCACCCCUCCCGAAUGUCGCGCGGCGUUGGAUCAGCUUCCGCGGCUCAUACUAUCCUCCAUGGUUUGUCUUAAGGUGAAACGGAGUAUAGAAGGCUCAAACGAGCUGGCAGAAGGAUAAUUGAUUACCGCUACUUUAUUCGCAUACUAUGGAGACGCUACAUCUCUUAGCACUAGCUACAGGAUGAAUCGGUCUUGGGCGACGGGUGACCGUUGCUAAAGGGCUUUUGGUUCACCACCAUACUGGAUUUAAGGUGGAACCCCGGUCGCAGAAGUGGUUCUGUGAGCGAAGCACCAUGCUCUCGCCGGUACGUAUAUCAUUCAUUCUGCCGAUAAAGUGAACAGAAUAUGGUUAAAUCCCUGUCCCUUAUUAGAUUGCUCUGGACUAAUUGAACCAAAAUACUGUUACGAUAUGAAUUCAGGAAAAAAAAGAUGAGGUUAAUUAAUAAACACAUGAGCCGGUUAAUGUUACACACAAUUCUGACCGGAGACAAUGGACGACAAAAGGGAAAAAGGACAGACGCACGUCGCAAAUGCAGCUCGGCUCUCCGAGCUGCGUUGUGAUGUGCGUGUUUAUCCUUUGUCGUCCGUCGUCGCUGGUUCGAAUCGUGUGGCGCAGUCUCGGUGGGUUUAUAAGCCAUCCUGUGUCAAGCCUGCUCCGACAGAUGUUCUCUCGCUCCUCACAAGAGUUGGGACCACCGUGCAUUGCAGUCUCAUAUCUCCGUCUCUGGCUGCUGUAUUUAGCUACUGUAUUUUGGGGAUUUCUGGGGUAGGAGAAACUAGUUGGAGCCGUUACGGCGGUGAAUUGAAGACUGCGUACCAAUUGUCUUAAGGAAAACCAUAGGUUGCAUUUUUGUUACUGAAGACUCGCAUCUGGCCCAACGACACUGGGCCAGUGUGGGGUGAACCAUGUUGUAGCUUUACUUGGCAACAUGGGCGAUUUCAUAUUUAUAGGUACUUGUAUAAUGAUGCAUCAAGGUAUAUGAAUGUGGCUCUGUUGUUUGAAUGACCAAAGGAAUCUAUAAAAUGGUACAUGUGAAACAUUG